ACAGCAGCAAAACAUUGAGACGAAAGAAAACUAUAAUAAUUAUCAAAGCAUCACCUCUUUUGGCGAUGAGACCGCUGUAGAUGAUUUGUUAGCUUUGGCUAACGAUGAUGCAACAGCUGUUGAAACUGCUAAUUUGUUGCUGUCUGAACAUCAGCCAAAUUUCGUCGACUUUGAUGAGUUCAACAUAUGUCUUAAUAAUAUACUUAACGAUGACGUAGACUCUCAACUACAACUAUCGCCAUCGGAAGUAAUAUCCAAUACUCUAACAACGGCCGAAGUUGAUGAAUUGUUCAAGUAUUAAUAGUAGCAGUAGUAGUAGUAGUAGUCGUAGCAACAGUAGCAGCAGCAACAGCAGUAAUAGUAAAAGUAGUUUACAACAUUAUCAUCAUUAUCAUCAACAUCUACGUCAGCAUCAUCAUAAUAAUGAUGAAGAUGACGAUCUUUUAAAUAUGGUUCAGUUUGAUGAUCAUAUGGAGUUUACAUUCUCAUCUGAAUUAGAAAGUAAUUCCACAAAUACCACCUCCACCAACACCAGCACCGCUACCAAUCAUCUAACAACAUCUAUUAAUAAUGCUAAUUAUAAAGUUAGUGCAAUUAGUAGUAGGCAUAGUUUAACUUCUCAUGGUCACAACUAUGCCGUAGACAAAAAUAAUGUCCACCACCAAAUUAAAUUUAAUAAUAAUAAUAAUGAUGAUAAUGAUUUAGAUCUAAAUAUGAUGGUGGAUCCUAUAAGUAUACAAUCAACAUGCAAUCCAACUGCUACUGUAUCAGCUUCUCUGACAACUACCGCUACCACCAGUCAUAUAAACACUAAUAAUGAUGAUGACGACGACAAUGAAACACCACAAGAAACAGCCUUAAAUAAUGUCAUUAAGCGCAAUAGUCAUAGUAUUGUAAAUAUAUUUCAAUAAUAUACAAAAAACACUACUCAUACCAUAAAAUGAUGAUGAUACUUUACUUUUUUUUAUCUAAAAUGCAAACAAAACAAAAAGAAAACUACUAUAUAAUUACAAAAAAAUGGUACGACACAGCCAACAAACAAAACGCAGCAGCAGUGUUUAUGUUUAUGCAAAAAUACUACUUCAGUUGUAAAACCUUUAAGGUAAAAACUUUCCUUCUGUUUCGAAAGAAUUAAGAAAUUUUGAUUUUCAUUUCUAGUCAAUUUAUGUUGUUAAAUAUAAAAAGCCCUUAAAGUUAUGAGCAAAAUAUAAAUUUUUUAUUAUUAUUUUUUCUUGUUUUUUUUUACUCUUUACAAUUAAGCUGCAUUUCCUUAACAAUUUAUUUUGUAAUUAUUUUUCAUAUGUAUUAUAUAUUAAAUUAAAAAAAUUAAAAUAAUCUAAUGCUGUCUUAAUUAAAAAAAAAAAAAACAUAAGAUCAGUACAGAAUAAAUUUUUGAACUAUAGCCCAUUCGAUGAUUUCAUUUAAAACUACUUAACUUUUUAAAGUGUAAAAUGUUUAAAAUAUUUUGCAUUGAGGCUGUUAAAGUAAAGAAUAACAAUUCAGCCUUUUAGUGAGUUCUACUUUUAGUAAAUAUUUGUUACUACUUAUUUUCUUUGCAGAAAACCAUUAUAAUGCAAUUUAAGCGCAACAAUAAUAGGCAACAUUUUUGUAAUAAAAACGCCCCUAAAAGCAUGCUACUUAUUUUCUUUGGUUUGUUUUAAAACGUUUGCCUAAUAACAAUUUUUAAAUAUAUCAUAGCGCAAGAGGUUUUUGAGUGCAAUUUGGUUUUAAUUUUAUUCUUAUAUUUUGUUUGCAGUUUAUUGCAACAGUCUAGCAAUUAUUGCUAUAGUUCAAGGUACAGUUCUGAUUUUAUUUUUCCCAACACUUUGGUGUGUCCUUAAAAGAAAAGUUAUAUUUCUUAUAGAAUUCAAUUUAUCAUAUAGAUUUUUUUUAACUUCAUUUUGUAUUUUGCCUAUACCUUUUGUAGUUUGUUUUUUCAUAUUUCUUAAUCCAAUUCUUUUCCCAAGCUUUAAGUACAAAAUAUUUAAAUACUUUUGCGUACAGAAUUUUUAAUUUGUUUUCUUCUUGUUUUAAAGUGUAAUUGUAAAAUUUUAUUUUUUCCGAAUGGAUUUUGUGUAUCAAUUUAUUUUAAAAUGUUUUUUUUUUUAUUUUAUAUGAAAAAUAAUUUACUAUAGUAAUGAAAUCUCUACUAUUGCAAAAUUUUCUAUCGUGAGUUUUCUGUGAACUAUUUCAUUCACAAUAGUUGAUUUUGUUUGUAACAGCUGUGAAUGGUUUACAAAAUUCCAAAGAAAAAAUGAACUAUGUACUUUGAAAAGCUGUCAGAAAUACAUCUCAAUUAUUGGAAAAAAUCUAGCAUAUUUUCAAUUUUUGCAUUGCAGUUAAAAGAAAUUAACUAUUGUGAAUGAAAAGUUACAUGAAGUUCGUGAUAGCAAACGAACGUUUUCUUUUUUCAUUCACGGAAUAAAAUAAACAAUUUAAGUAUUUUAAAUAAACAAUUCGCACUUGCUGAGGAAUUUUGUCAACAACUCUCAAUUACAAAGAAAUCUCAGCUAUUGUGAAUGAAAAAUUUAUGUUAAAUUUAUGUUCGAAUACAUAAAUAGAAUGAAAAAUAAAUUUCGAUAUUAUUCAUCUUUUUAAUUUUUAAUCCUAUAGAAAUUUUCUUAUAUUCCAAAUACAUAUUUUUCAAUUUUAUUUAAACUUCAGCUUCUUUUUAAUAAUAAAUAAUUUGUACUUGAGCUUUUUCUCUAAAUUAUUGUAUAUAAUUAAAUCACACUAAAUAAUAUAUAGCAACACUUAACAGAAAAGGCACAUUUGAAACAUGAGAAAUAGUAUGUAUAAAUAGCCAAUAAAAUAAAACAAAAAUAUAUAUUUUAAAAAUAUAUAAAUUUAUAUUUAAAAUAUCAUAUGAAAUAUCUAUAGAAGGACUCAGGCUUUCUAUAAUAUGAUAUAGUAAAACAAAAGAGAAUGCAAUAAAUUGUGAAUAAGAUUUUCAAUGAAAAAAAAAAAAAACUAAAUGUACAUACAAAACACAAAAACACUGUAUAAACCUAAAUAACAAAACAAAAAA